UCGUUUUUAAUUCCGAAAGAAUUAUUCGUCUUGUGCGCAUACGCAUGUCGGGUGAUAACAAAGCGAUUCAAAGAUGGACGCUCUAACAAUUGGUUCGCACAGAUUAGUUCAUCUUGAUCUUAAGGGUGCUCCGCCUCGGGUUUGUUACUUCGAAAAGUUAUUUCCUUUACUGAGAACAUGGGGUGCCACCGGACUUCUCUUAGAAUGGGAAGAUACAUUUCCCUACAAUCGAGAACUUACUCAGAUUGGAAGCAAUGGCCCGAGCAGUAUAGCAAAUGGUUACACGACGCAGGAGGCUCGACAGAUAUUACAAAUUGCUGGAGACUCUGGACUGGCAGUUGUGCCAUUGGUUCAAACUUUUGGUCACAUGGAGUUUGUAUUGAAGCAUGACGAAUGGCGAUCUUUGCGGGAAGUCGAACUCUUUCCAAGUUCGAUGUGCCCUUCAAAUCCAGAUGCACUACCACUUGUGAAGUCUCUCCUACGACAAAUAAUAUUAUUUCAUCCUGACAUACAAUAUCUACACAUAGGAGCAGAUGAAAUCUGGCACAUGGGAUUAUGCUCAGUUUGUAGUAAAAGAGCAAAUUCCCACAAGCAUGGAAAGUCCUCGUUGUUUUUGGAACACGUGUUAGCUGUUGCACAAUAUGUACAGGAGAUGUAUUCUCAUUUGAAAGUUAUUAUUUGGGAUGACAUGUUGAGGAACAUUGAUGUACAGGUCCUGAAUGAGUAUUACAUCGGAAAAUAUGUUGAACCAAUGAUAUGGCAUUACAACUCAAGUGAAACAUUUGGGUUGCCACCUGGCUUAUGGGACAAAUACGGCACUAUUUUUCCAAAUAUUUGGGCAGCAACAGCGUUCAAAGGCGCUACUGGUUCCUGUCAGCACAUACCAAUAAUACAACAUCACAUUAGUAAUCACGAGCGAUGGCUAGGAGAAUUAAGUACUCAUGUCAACAAAGUUUGCGAAUUUCGUGGGACUGCGUUCACUGGUUGGUCAAGGUAUGAUCACUACGCAACGAUGUGCGAACUCUUACCCACAGCAAUACCAUCUCUGGUCAUGUGUUUGAAAGUUUGGUUACAUGGGUACUCUGAGGAAAGACAUCUAGAAGUUGCAAAGAGUUUAGGGUAUACAGACCAUCCACUUCACAUUGUUCCCCAACAACGUCCAGCUCCAAUACCGAACAAAUUACUUUUUCCGGGUUGGCAAAUUGCGGUGGGAAUCGAAUGGUUCCUUAAUUUUAGGACCAAGUAUCAUCACAUCGUGGAUAGCGAUCAAGUAGCAACUUGGCUGAAUUCAUGGCAAAUUGCAAACAAUUAUACCAAUCCCAUGCAAAUAGGAAGCUUGGUGACUGCGAUAAGUGACUUGUUGUUGGAAUUAUCAUCACUAGAAGGCUACCUCCGAGUGCAAAUGGAAGCAAUUUUAUUUCCACCAACACUCGACGAAUGGACGGGUACACAUAUUCAUCCACUAAAAAGUAAAUUGAAACAAUUAAAGCAUGAUGCAGAGACUCAAUUGAAGCUUGGCUGUAGGGUAUGAAACUUAAAUUCCACAAGAAUGUCAUCGCAAUAACUAAUUAUGGAGGUGGUUUGAGAAACCAGCAACCUAUCAUAACAAAUAAUUCGGUGAUUGCUUUAUACUGACAGAGCAUUGUACAGUAUUGAAAUUGUAUGACGCAAAACUUAGAUUCAAAUGAAAGUAUUGUACUCUACAAUUAUGCAAAGUAAUAAAAAAAAAGUUUCAAUUAAA